AUGGGUCAAGCGUUUCGCAAACUCUUUGAUACUUUCUUCGGCAACUCUGAGAUGCGGGUUGUAAUGCUUGGUCUGGAUGCUGCUGGCAAGACAACGAUACUGUAUAAGCUUCACAUUGGGGAGGUUUUAUCAACAGUUCCUACCAUUGGUUUUAAUGUGGAGAAGGUUCAAUACAAAAAUGUAAUAUUUACGGUGUGGGAUGUGGGAGGUCAAGAAAAGUUAAGACCCUUGUGGAGACAUUACUUCAAUAAUACUGAUGGGCUGAUAUAUGUUGUGGACUCUCUGGAUCGAGAGAGAAUUGGGAGAGCAAAGGCAGAAUUUCAGGCCAUCAUCAAAGACCCAUUCAUGCUUAAUGCUGUUAUUUUGGUCUUUGCGAACAAGCAAGACAUGAAAGGAGCAAUGACACCUAUGGAGGUUUGUGAAGGCCUAGGUCUCUAUGAUCUAAAAAAUCGAAAGUGGCACAUACAGGGGACUUGUGCUAUCAAAGGUGAUGGCUUGUACGAGGGGCUCGACUGGUUGUCAAGCACUUUGAAGGAACACAGAGCUGCUGGAUUUUCUUCAGUGGGUCCGUCAUUCUAUCAAGGUUAA